AUGAGGCUGAUUAUCCGCGACGACGCCGACGCUGCCAGCGCCUAUGUGGCCAACUACAUCGUCGAUAGGAUCAAGCACUUCAGUCCCACCCCCGCACACCCAUUCGUACUUGGCUUGCCCACAGGAAGCAGCCCCUUGGGCGUAUAUAAGAUUCUUGUUCAGAGGUACAAGGCCGGAGAGGACGAGUACGUCGGGAUCCCAAGGGACCACCCCGAGAGCUACCACUCCUUCAUGUGGAAGCACCUCUUCUCCCACGUAAACAUCCACCCCAACAACGUCAACAUCCUCAACGGCAACGCGCCCAACCUCGAGGCCGAGUGCGUCGCCUACGAGGCCAAGAUCAAGGCCGCCGGCGGCAUCGACCUCUUCCUCGCCGGCAUCGGCGAGGACGGCCACAUCGCCUUCAACGAGCCCGGCUCCAGCCUCGCGUCCCGCACCAGGGUCAAGACGCUCGCCUACGACACCAUCCUCGCCAACUCCCGCUUCUUCGACAACGACGUCAGCAAGGUGCCCCGCCUCGCCCUGACCGUCGGCGUCCAGACCGUCCUCGAGGCCCGCGAGGUCGUCGCCAUCAUCAUCGGCGCGCGCAAGGCCCUCGCCCUCCAGAAGUGCAUCGAGAACGGCGUCAACCACAUGUGGACCCUCUCCAGCCUGCAGCUGCACCCCCACCCGAUGCUCGUCGUCGACGAGGACGCAACGCUGGAGUUGCAGGUCAAGACUGUCAAGUACUUCAAGAGCAUCGAAAAGGUCGCAAAGGCCGAGGGCUUCGAGCAGAUCCUCCCGUCCAAGAUCCGCACCGGCCCAGGCCCCAUCCCCGUGACGGUCGUCGACGAGGUCUCGACCCCGACAAUCCACCACCCUCAACCCACCACCUCCCGUCUUCUCAGGGCGUCUCCCGCCACGGAGUACCCCGUUCGCUCGGUGUCCCCGGACAUCGAGCUCGUCUUCGAGAGCAUGGAGUCCCGCACAAAGAGCCCCUCAGAGCAACAGCUCCGGGCCGUGACGCCCGACCUCGUCACCGACAGGAUGGCCAACCGCAUCCCGGAGCCGGCCCUGGCAAGACGGCUGACGCCGAACCCCGAGCAGCAGCAGUUGUCUAUUUCAAGAUCAAACACCCCCGACCUGGUACCCGACCGCAUGGCCUCCCGCAUCCCCGAGCCGGCGCUUGCGCGGCGGUUGACUCCUAACCCGGAGCAGCAGCUGCGGGUGAACGCCGUUGGCGCCUAA